AUGGACAAGUGGUUGAAAAGAGUUAAUCCCCCAUCCAGAGAGACACCAUCGGCUUCUACCAGUAGGCCUACAAUCGAUGAUGCACCUGCCGGUGACAGCAACCCAGGUUGCUCGUACGAGUCCUUGGAUCAGGGUGCAAGCAGCAAGCUGAAUCUGAGUGGGAAUAAACUAGGAGACUCGGGAGUGAAGCAGAUCUCUGUUCUACUGGAGAAUCCACACUUUAAACUACAGAGACUGCUACUUUCUGACUGUGGUAUAACAGGAGAGGGAUAUUCAACUCUGACUUCAGCUCUCAAAUCAAACCCCUCACCCUUAGUGGAGCUGGACCUGAGAGGGAAUGAUCCUGGAGACUCAGGAGUGGAGCUCCUGCUUGAUCUACAUAAUUUACUUUAUGUUAAAAACCUUCAGACCCUGAAGUUGUUGAAGAGUGAUGCUGCAGAGGAAGCCUGUGUGUAUCUGACUUCAGUUCUAGGAAUAAACCCCUUACUCCUGACAGAGCUGGAUCUGAGUGGGAAGAAACCAGGAGACUCUGGAGUGAAGCAGUUACCUGCUCUACUGGAGGAUUCACACUGCACACUGAAGAAACUUAAAUCAAACCCCUCACACCUGAAAGAGCUGAAUCUGAGUGAGAAUAAACUAGGAGACUCAGGAGUAAAGCACAUCUCUGUUCUACUGGAGAAUCCGCACUGUAAACUGGAGAAACUGCUACUUUCUGACUGUGGUAUAACAGGAGAGGGAUAUUCAACUCUGACUUCAGCUCUGAAAUCAAACCUUUCACACCUGGUGGAGCUGGACCUGAGAGGGAACGACCCUGGAGACUCAGGGAUGAAGCUCCUCACUGAUUUACAUAAUUUACUUCAUGGUAAAAAACUUCCGACCCUGAGGUUGUUGAAGAGGGAUGCUGCAGAGAAAGCCUGUGUGUAUCUGACUUCAGUUCUGGGUACAAACCCUUUACUCCUGACAGAGCUGGAUCUGAAUGGGAAGAAACCAGGAGACUCAGGAGUGAAGAGGUUCUGUGCUCUACUGGAGGAUUCACACUGCAGACUGAAGACAAUUAAGCUUAAUAACAGCAAUAUAACAGAAGAAGGCUGUGAUGCUCUGACUUCAGCUCUCAGCUCAAACCCCUCACACCUGAGAGAGCUGAAUCUGAGUGGAAAUACAAUAGGAGACUCAGGAGUGGAUUAUAUCUCUGCUUUACUACAGAAUCCAUACUGUAAACUACAGAGACUACUGCUUAAUGACAGCAGUAUAUCAGAAAAAGGCUGUGCUACUCUGACUUCAGCUCUCAGAUCAAACCCCUCACACCUGAUAGAGCUGCAUCUGAAAGGGAAUCAACUAGGAGACUCAGGAGUGAAGCAGAUCUCUGCUCUACUGAAGGAUCCAAACUAUAAACUUCAGAAACUGGAAUUGGACCCUGAUUUAUUGAAACCAUUUCGUGGUGUCAUGAAUGUCAUGACCAAUUUGCCUGGUGCCAGUGCUGUCUCGAGUUUCGUGACCAGUUGGUUGCCAGGAAAGCAAGAACCGGAGUCUGACUCCUCAGCUCAGCAGGGAAAGGCAGAUGUUGGCAGUGCACGUGACCAGGCAGAGCAAGAGAGUGACACUACCAGUGGUGUCACUACAUCAGAGGCAGAUGUGGCCCAUGCAGGCCAUUUACCAGAAGACAACGGUAGCACUGUCUGA